AUGUUCCACGGGACAAUCUACGAACAGGUGAAGGGCACACUAAUGGGUUCGCCGAUUUCGGGAUUCAUCGCCGAGGCGGUCCUGCAACGGUUAGAGUCGCUGGUCUUCCAACUCCACAAACCAAAGUUCUGGGCCCGGUAUGUGGAUGAUACCUUCGUCAUUAUCGAACGGGAUCAACUGCUGACAUUCAAGGAACGUCUGAAGGCGGUCUUCCCGGAUAUACAAUGUACGAUGGAGGAGGAAGAGAACAACCAGCUGGCCUUCCUGGAUGUCCUCGGAUGUCGCAAGGAUUGUGGUGAACUAAAGACCAAAGUGUUCAGGAAAGCGACAAAUACGAUGCAGGUACUGAACUUCAACAGCAACCACCCAAUCAGUCACAAACUCAGUUGUGUAAGGACGCUCUAUCGGCGUGUCGAAACGCACUGCAGUGAGCCGGAAGGCAAGAUUGCCGAACUACAAUACCUCCGACAGGUCUUCAAAGCCAAUGGCCACCCACGCAACUUUGUCAACCGGUGCAUACGCAAAAUGGACGAAAUGCUUAACCGCACGGACACCAAAGUUUGGCGAGCACUUCCAUAUGUCAAGAACGUUUCGGAAGCUGUUGGCCGCCUUCUCGCACCACUUGGGGUUGGAGUUGCACACAGGCCGGAGGCAACCAUCAGGCGUCAGUUGAUGAAACCAAAAGACCCACUGCCACGGCAAGAAACGUCUGGAGUCGUUUAACGGAUCUGGCGCAGUUGCGGACAAAGCAACUUCGUCGGAGAAACCGGAAGACAGCUCCGAACGCGAAUGGCCGAACACGCUGCAGCGGUGCGGCGAAAUGACGCCAGCUCUCAUGUUGCAGCUCAUUCGACGGGUUCCGGCCACACAUUCAAAUUUGACGAGGCCGAAAUUCUCGCAAGAGUUGACAACCGCGUGAGCCGGGAGCUGCUUGAGUCAUGGUUUACUGGCCCCUAGUCUAUUAACAAGUGCAAUGAUCUUCCCAUUCAAUACAGCGUGCUGAGACUUCGUCUAGGCGGAGUAAUUGGCCAUGCUGGGAGCGCACUGGUGAACACUCUUCCCAAAACCCGGGUCAGCGCGUCAGAUGGUCGAGCAAUCAUCACACCAACAUCCAACGCACGUGAUGAAAUUGCAGCAAUUAACGACGCGAAUGUCGGCCAUCACGCCACGUGCAACGAUCCCUGAUGAAGGGGAGGGAGCCGUGAAUAUUCAUAGGUAUGCGGUAGCAUGGCUACUACAUCCUAUAAAUACUGCAGCCGCAUGUGCAUGAACCAUCCUUAUCUGCUCAUGUCUCUGAUUAUGGAUUCGAGCAGGAAUCCGAAACGUCAGGCUAAUAAAGCUCUUGUCCCGGCGAUCGUGUCUUCUUCUUCAAGACUGCUUCCUGGGACUCGUCUCUUCGCUUCUAUUGGCAAUAGUUCAAACGAGCCCAUAAUGGUAGGACAAAAUGGGAACUAGUAACAGGGGAUGCGCUCGACUUCUCAUCGCUCUUGGUCAUUUCGAACCAAAGCUGACGCAUUCUGAAAUUACCACGAUGCGUCAAACGUCGCGGCUCGGAAGGACACCAGCUGACUGGACAACUCAGUCCUCGUGGUCAGUGCCGUAUGUGUAUGUGGGGCGGCUGGCUCGAGGGACCAGAGUGUGACUCAAUGGCCCCUUCUUACUAUGCGUUUUAUGGGAUUCGCACGAGUCUGAGACCACUUUUGUGAAAUCCAGGUACAUUUUUCGGAGACCAUGUCGCACGUGGCACGCCCAGAAGCGUUGUUUAGCAUUGUCAUUCGCUAUACCCGAGCCCAUCUUCGGUCGUCUUGUUACUUUCAUGUCAUCGUAGCAAGGCAAAUUAAGGAGGAGAGUGUGGUAGGUGUUGUACAAGCCCGCCCCACUAUAAACGAAUUCACGCGCAAGUUGCCGACGCUGCGCCCAUCCCGUGGGGCACAAGGUGGACGUCGUCUCUUGACUGUCGGCCUCACACACGUCUGAGCUUGCCAUUUGGCCUGGUCCCUUUACGUAGACGAAGCACUAUUUAAAAAAAGAGUUUGCAAUGAAGAGGCCAUGAAUGUUGCAUUAGGAAGGAAGCAUUUUGAGGGUCGAGGUGUACCAUCAAGUGGCAGCUUUCCAAGCUACAAACUUAGGCGUAUCAUGGUGGUAUCAAAGAGCAUCAUAUGUAUUGUAAUCAGGAAACGACGGAAUGCAUCCGCGUGAAGGAAGUUGUUACAACAUUGACCUAACUCCACCGUGUACGAACAACAUACCCGAUUCAAGGUGGCUGGAGAUGGUAAGAGCGGGAAUAGUGACGGACGUCAUUUAGAACUCCAUUUGACGUCUGCUCCGGUUUAGCACUGAACCAAAGGCACGGUCCGUUUGGGAGACUGAUUUCAUCCUCAUCGUGGAGGUUAAUUUCCGCUGGCAUUCGUCUGCUGCACUCCCUGCCCUGCGCGAUCGGUAGGGCAACAAUUUUACUCACCUGGCGUAUCAGAUUCACACUCGAACCCGUCAGUAGGGGGCAGCAACAGAUAAGAGUGCCGGGGUAAAGUUGCCCGGUGGCUAUGUCAUACCAUCGUAAUUAUCAGCACCCAAUAUUCAGAACAAAUGGCCGCACUUAGUUCGAUGAUGGCACGCUUGUUCGGAUCCGAGCCGUUAGCUGCCGCAAUUUCCUAAUCGGUUCUGGUUAUUUUAUUGGUAGUUAGCUGUGCUAUGUCUAGGAUGUGCCUUCACAUAUGAGGCAGUUCACUCCCAAAAUGCUUCUAGAUCAGAAUUCGGACGCCGUAAAGCAUCAGGAAGUGAUCACUGGACUUCGUUGGUAUCCGUCCUCAUAUGUUAAACAUAGUUACCUCCUGUCCGAUCUAACGAUUCUCCGCGUCCGUUAAAUGCUUUAAACUAGACCUGGCACACAUUUAUUCGUUGUUAUUACCAUCAAUUAGCAGACACUUCCCUCCGAAUAAUCAUGCAUGUUCCAUGAUAACUUUUAAAUCACCAGCAAUAAGGAGAAACUCCUCCUAUCACACUCCGUUGACUAGGUUUCGGAAGUGUUGCCAUACGCGUCCUCUAUUUCAGGUUUUUAAUCGUUUCAGAAAUGAAUGCGCUAACUUGGAGUAAAUUAUUCGGAACGAUGAUUUGUAAGCUCAGUCCGGAAGUUGAUAUGAAUGUCUAGGCCGACACCUAUCAGCUUCCGAGGGAUAACCGAGUAAUAUCUACAAACUGUCAACGGACAGCCAGUCAUAUACACAUGAUGAGUGAUUGGUGAUACUGAUAGCACAGACACUAGCUAGAAGCCCAGACAUGCGUGUUUCGCCGAUCUUGUGACGCUGCCAGACGCAACUGCCAGGGGUUCGGUCCACCAGUGGGCCCCGCAGCGUUCCCGUGUGCCUUCUGGUGGACAAUCUAGAUCUGAAAUUUCGGACUCUUCAUCUCCUCGGAAAUUAAUGCAGUAACUUGGAGACAAUCUUUCUUGAUUCACAUUCAAGAUUCCUUAGGAUCUUUGCAACAUUCUAUAAAAAUGCAUGCGUUUGGCCUUUGCCGUACACCGGGGACUGAAAAAUAAUCUCAAGUCUAACAGCACGUUUUCAGUGAUAAAUCUGUUUUUGCAAACGACGAAAGCCACCAGUGUUCGGCGAGCUGAACACAGCAAUGACUCGCUCGUGAAUAGUUUAUGGUGAAACAGACUUGUACUCCACUAACCUCAUUUUACUCACCCUAGGCCGUACACUACCAAAAUACUGGAGAUGGGCGUGAAUGCGGUGGCAGGCAAAGAAAGCCAGUCGAUCCGAAACUUGGCACAUGCCAGAUUUUGAGGAGGGGGUCCCACCACUCACAGAAGUGAGACGUGCUAUUAAGAUGAGGCUAAGAAGAAAUAAAUGUGGCCUGACCGUCGUCACAAAGAAGCGCCUUGUCAUGCUGUCAGAUGGUUACAUUUAAAGACACGGGCUUUAGCGCAUCGUGAUGACUUUAAAGCUUGCUUUACAACUUAGUGAAGGAAUAAAUGCCUGACUAAAGUAGAUCUGACCUCAAUCCACCGUCCCUUACCCCCUUUCCAGUGGUCCAUGGGGCUCUAGCUGACUGGGAAGGAACUUGCGCCUAGUGACUGGUGUGAAGCAGUUGGAAUACGCGCGCUAUACAUUGACGUAUGAGGUAUCAUAGGGACCAUCAUAACGAGACACUGUAGUCUGGACCCACUUCAAAAGGGUACCUAGGUCUCACUUCAGAUGCCCACUUUCCCCGUCACGGAAUGUUGUCCGUUACGGUAGGUCCUAAAACGUUGCAUUUAUUAGGGUAGGGGACGGACUGAUUCGGCAUGAGGGAGGUUACUACUAAUUCAUUCUUCUACUUUACACCAAUUAACCAACUAAGACCCUGGUUUUCCAGUAACGCUGUGGAAGAUGUAUAAACGUCUUACCAAAAUGAUUUGUGACUGGGAUGGGGAGACGGAUUGAGUGCAAGUUGGCAAUGAGUGUUAAUUGAUUGCAGCUGAGGGCCGUGGCCUGGAGGUGUUCCCCCCCCCCCCACCCUGGGCAGAAAGGCACACGAAAGAGAGGGAAUGAAGGGUGGAAUGUAGUGUUAGAAAGAGAUGUGGGAGGGGUGUCGACGGUCAGGAUUUUGCUGACGGAUUAUCAUACAUCGGAACAUCGGUUGGCAGGACUGGCAACGGGCCGGAUCUGAUGGUGUGAGACAAAAACCAACGACUCAGGCCAGCGUCGAAAGUGCAGACCGGGCAGGCAGGCGUAAGGAGUUGACAGUCCUGGAUUGCAGCAUUCUAGUAUUAACUUUUCAGCAAACAACCUUGGUCUCAGCUGUUUGGUUGGUGCCGAAUGUGGCUGUUCCAGCAUUUACGGCAGUACCCCAAGAUUGCCGGUCUUGAGCAGGGAUUUUACAGGUCUUCGGCAGACAUCCCGGUGCCUCAAACAGUUUUUAAUGUCCUCGUGUCGUCAGUCUCACCCAGCAUGUCCCCCCGGUACAGAAGCCUCCCACAGAGUUGUCUUUCAAACGGACACUAGUCAGCUCUCCUCACGACGUAGUCACAAUAUUGCAGUUAGAAUUAUUUCAACAUGACACUGAUGCUCAGCAUAUCAGUUGGAUCCAUAAUACGGACGUCCAGGGGCCAUUGGCGCUUAUUUUGCCGAUAAUAUUAUUUAGGGAACGCUUGCGCUACGCUAAUUUUUCUCCCCCGCCUGGCUUUUUAUUAUGCUUAUAUCUCCAGAUCGCAACUUAGUGCUUUGCAGAUGGUAACCCUCCACAUGCUGGCUCUCAUGUCGGGGAGGAUGCGAAUGUGAUAUCAGACUGAAUGCUAUAGUCUGUUAAUUGCCCCGCCAGUAUUAGUGAUUAGGACCGCAGCCCCGUCGUCAAUUUUGAUGGUGCGUGAUAUGGUGCUACCCGAGCAAGCAAAAUGUUCUACCGUUGCCAGGGGAUUAUUAUUAAUAGUAACAGUGAGUUCGUUGUACUCGACACAUAAUGCCGGUUGGUACGUGACAAUCAUUUUUGCCUGUCAACAUUUAGUCCAAAUUUGGAACACUUGGGGCGAAAUAGUUCGUUUGUUAUGCUCAACGCAUAGCUGUGGAUUAAGAUGAGGUCAUGCAACCUGACGCUGAAGUCGCUAUAAAGGCUUGCACACAGCGGGUGUUACACACUUUAUUGUCGGUCCGAUAGUUUAUGCUGAUUUCUGGUCGAUCGGUAGUGGCCUUACUCCGAGUGCCUGUUACAACGCUGGACCUCUCGGGAGUGUCUGUACGUGCGCACCAGGGCUGUCUGGCGUUCGCCCACUCGCCUUUCCAACUGGCCAAUCGGAUUCAAGGCCGAAUCAGACAUACCCGUGGCUGAAGACGCGUCGACGCAUUCCCUGACUAACACUUAAGGUGCCACUCCCGGCGUCGGAGACAUUUUCCUCUGGCCUCCAGCUCCUUCCAGUCCCUUCUCCAGUUCUCCUGCAGGGAAUACGCAAUCCUCCUAACUGUCGUCAAUCUUCUGUUUCCAUUCGGGAUCGACCCUGAAGGUCGUGGUAACCAGGGUCUCACCCUCGGCAAACACAAAACCUGCCUGGGGAGACUGAUUGCAGAACCGCUUGGUCUCUCUUAAACGCCAGUAAAGUUGUCCAACCCAAUCCUUCAUCCCUGACUUCUGCUUUGGGAACCUUUGUGUUGUCGACCGGUCCCAACUUGACAAUUCGUGACGCCUUGCAAACGGCAUUCUCCCUUCUUCCCAAUCUACGAUAUAGUCAGGUUUUUGACCAUGGGCAAUUUUCCACCGGAAGUACAGUAUACGUUGACAUUUGCUUCCGCCAUUCUUUCGGCCGCACAACUUACUCAGAUAACCGAACGGCUCAUGACGAUGCACGGUUUUUCCGAGCCAUCGCUUUCCGGUCUCUUAACUUCUUCGAUCUCUUCUGCGUCUCCCCUCUCUCACAUAAAGUCUGAGCUUGCGAAGCUUGCCGAAGAUAUGGCUUCGCUUCAAGAAGGUGCAGCCUACAGGCAUUUCCUGGUCGACACUGGUGCACACCUGAGUGUCAUCCCUUACACAGCAGCCGACCGUCGGUGCCCCCCAACCCUGGUCUCUUCCUUCAGGCCGUCAAAACUUCAGCAAUUACCACUUCCGAGGCCUGCUCACACUUUCUGGACACCGGCCUACGGCGUCUUUUCACUUGGGUCUUCGCCUUUGCUGACAUCCCCCCCCCUGCCAUUCUCCGUACAGACCUCUUUGCCGUAUACGAUCGUCUGGUUUGUUGCCGUCAGUCCCGUCCACACGACAGGCACACCAGCCUCACCGUCCGGGAUAUCCCUUUUUCUGACGCUUCCCGUCACCUCGCGCUCCUGGAUCCUGAACACGAGCAUCCAUUUCGAUGGCUUCCUGCCGAAUGCCCUGGCCUCACCUGUCCUAAUUCCAACGUUUCUAUCCUAUCACACAACGUUUUUCACGACAAACGAACCAUUCACCCUCCCGUGUUUUCUCGGCCUCACCGUCUCGCACCCGCUCGACUGUCUGUUACCAAGGCCGAGUUCGAGCAUACGCUUCAGACAGACGUCAUCUGUCAGUCUGAAAACCCAUGGGCCUCACCGCUCCACAUAGUUCACAAGGUCGCCACUGGUAACUAGCGCCCCUGCGAUGACUACAGGGCCUUGAACAAGGUAACCAUCACGGACAGUCACCAUGUUCCGCAUCUUCGGAAUUUUGUCAAUGCCCUAUUCGGCAAAUCUAUGUUCUCGAAGAUCGACCUGGUCAGUGCCUUCCACCACAUUCCUAUCGUCCCGGAAGACGUUUCAAAGACGGCCGUCAUCACUUCCUUUGGCUUCUUUGACUUCCUGUGCAUGCUGUUUGUAGUCCUCAACGCCUCCCAGACCUUCCAGAGGUUCGCAAACAGAGUGCUUCGCAGACUACCGUUUACGCCUAUAUUGACGACCCUUUAGUAGCCAAUUACACCGACGAAGAAUACAUGGAGCAUCUUGCAACGGUGUUUGAAUGUCUCCAACAAUUUAGCGUUGUUAUCGACCCAUUCAAAUGCGUCUUCGGUGUGUCCUCUCUUGAAUCCCUCGGAUAACUUGUUGACUUCAACAGCAUCUAUCAUCUCCUACCGAAGGUUACGGCCAUACAUUAUUUUUUUAUCUGCCUCUUACAAGCGUCGGCUGCAGCGGUUUCUGGGCAUGGUGAACUUCUAUCGCCGUUUCAUCUAAAACUAUGUCGGCACCAUUCUACCACUUACGAGCCCCCUCUCGGACCCCGAAGGUUCGUUCGUGCUUUCCGCAGACCCUGUUGCUGUUUCUGACAAGGUGAGAGCUGUCCUAGCCGACACCACCCUCUUGGCGAAUUUUGCUCCUGAUGCUCUCAUCUCCCUCAUGAUUGGCGCCCCUGAUGUCACUGUCGGCGCGGUUCUCUAA